GUAUGAUAUUGUGGGAUAUAUACAUAAAUUAGGAUAAAUUAUAAAAAUUAAAAUUAAAAACGUAAAUUAGCAUGGUUUUAGAUAUGAUUUACUUGAAAAAAAAAGGGUUUAGGGGAUAAAUUGAGAAAAAUCCCAAAAGCAAGGGAAGGAAGGUGUAAUAAGUUGGAAAGGGCAGCGAUGCACUGGAUUUGAACCCGGAGAAAGGUCUGUUUGGAUGUGUUCCAAAUGGUAGCCGGCUGCGAUGUCGGUGUUGAUCUAGAGAAAGAGAAGGUAGAGAGAGAAAAUGGGGGGAAGAAGCCCUAUUCUGGUUGGUUUGGUGUUGGUUAUGGUAUUGGGUUGCGCCAUCUACUUCAGGCUCUGGACCAUUGAUUAUACCAUUUCUUCCGAUGAAACCGAGAUUUUGAGAAGACAGUUUGAUCUUGCUAAUAGGGAAGCAAUGGAUGAAUCUGCAGAGUGGAGACUGAAAUAUGAUGAGGAAGUAGAGAGGGCUACCAAGUGUCUAAAUGAAUUGAUAAAGGUUAAGGAAUCCUCUGAGAAGAAGGUAGAGGAUGCUGCUAGCACAAACCAGAAAUUGGCAAUGCUGCAAAAGGAAAACAUGGCCUUGCUAGAGCGGGUGGAAUCUUUAAAACAAGAGCUUGAAGCUGAGAAGUUGAAGUGCAGCUUACAAUAGAUUUAACUGAUAAUCAAAAUUCGGUGUCUGGUUCAAGAGAGUUCUGCAUACAAGCUUCCCCUUCACAUGGUCAACUGGUGUUAUUGCUCUCCAUUCUUGAACGAAAUGGCCUUUUUUUUCCUCAGGGACAAAUACUUCCUGAGCUCAAUUUUCACCGACUGAGCUUGUCAAUCCUGGUCAAUUUUGCCAUAAAAAUGGUUUUUUCUCGGACAAGAUACACGUACUCCCGAACUUUUAUUACUCUUUACAAUUAUUUGUCACCAAUUCUUAGCUAUAAAAGGAGUUCAUGUAUCGGCAA